AUGCGUGGCGAGCAGACCGUUCGAGCCGGUCGUCUUCCCGCCUCGUCCCCAACAACGUCUCUUGGAGGCGAAGGAGCCAUCGGUCGAACCAAGCAUCAAGAAGCCAUCGCUAUCCUGUUUGGAAGACCGAUUGUUCUGGCGGUAAUAAAUGCCUUGGAGGCCUGGUGCCCGUCGCCUGUGGCCCCGAUUGACGUCUCUGGGGAAGACGACGGCAAACUGCUCCUCCACGGGUACAUUGCAGCGGGGCUGGCUGCUUGGGCGGCGUGGUCGGCGCAGUCCGCGUGGGGCCGUUUCGCGAGUUGGAAGGUCUACGGAAAGCCGGUCCGGGCCACAGCUUCUGACAGCCGUCAGGUCUUGUGA